CCUUGCUGGGUGUUCCUGUUGCACACACAUACCCACAUGCAUCUCUAUUCACGUACAAUUACACGUGUGAUGUGUGCACGUGCACAAAUGAUCGUAGUGUGUAAAUACACGGCGUCGGGUGGGGAGACGACGCUUCUCUAAGCGACGCUCCGCGUCUUCGUCAGUCAAACCGCGAUCGUCUCCGCGUGAUGGGCUGCCACUGAGACCAUUUGCAGAACACAGCGACUACGUAAUGGUUGGUGGUCAGUGUUGAACAGUCAAUUGACAAAAGCGGGCCAACCAACACAGUUGGUACGCACGAAAUAUUCGUUACACCGGUUCGCCGACGAGAAUAGACACUCUUCCGGAUCCCUGGCGACACUUGCCGGGCCACGAACACUCCUGUUCCGGGUAUCAGUUUUCAACUGGAUUGUCAACGGGUCUUCGCCUCUUCCUGCCACGUGAUUAGACUAAGAAAAGUGAGAUAGAUUGUGAUAGAAGAACGUAAAGUGACCAAAUAAAGUGUAGAAAAUGAAGACUCUUGCAUUCUUGCUAAUCCUCAUCACCGUGACAAGGUGUCACGAUCCGUUCCAAGUGAUUUUUCAGUGGAACACGAUCGACGUGAUGUGGCCAACAGAAGAAGAACAACAGUUUGCGAUUACUCAUGGCGAUUACAUUCCAGCUAAUAAUUUCAUAGCCGGCAUCAAGUUUUGGAAAGGUAAAAUGUACCUGACAGUACCACGAUGGAAGGAAGGAGUACCCGUGACUCUGGGAGUAACUUCAGCAACCCCGAUGAAUCAGAUCACUGCUCCUAAGCUGGAGGCUUUCCCCAGCUGGGAGAUGCAGAAAGUUGGUGACUGCAGUGCCUUCCAGAUGGUCCAGAGUAUGGAGAUCGACCCCAUAGGACGUAUGUGGAUACUCGACUCUGGAAGAAUGUCACCUUUGUCUGUGGAGGUAAAAACCACUUGUCCACCAAGGCUGGUGAUUCUAGAUCUCGAAAAGAACGGUGAGGUUCUGCGAACUUACGAGUUCCCCACAGACGUGGCUCGUCAUGGUACCGCUCACCUAAAUGACAUUGUCCUGGAUCAUGAAGAUGGUGGUAUGGCAUAUAUUACAGACAGUGGCCGUGAGGAUCCAGGUAUAAUCGUUUAUUCCUUGAGAAACAAUACUUCAUGGAAAAUUAGACACGACUCUAUGAAAAUUAAACCCGAAGCUGUUAAAUUUAUGAUCUCUAAGAGCCAUAUCAAUAUGCCUAUACCUGUCGAUGGAAUCGCUCUAUCUCCAGCAAAUAGUAAAGAAAGACAAGUAUAUUACUCACCAUUGUCUUCGUUCCAUCUGUACUCUAUGUCAACGUGGGUACUGAAGAAUAACAUAGAAAAUGUGGAUGGCUACGUUAAAGAAUUAGGAAGGAAAAAUUCUCAAACUGAUGGAAUGGUUAUGUCAGCAAAGGGGAUACUGUACUUUGGUCUAUUGGCCGAUGAUGCCGUGGCUAUGUGGGAUACCAAAAUGUCUACCUCGUUCACCACCGGACAAAGAGUGAUUUCCAGAGAUCAUGAAAGGAUGCAGUGGCCGGAUACAUUUGCGUUCGAUGAGGAUGGUAACUUUUACUGUGUCACCAAUUCCCUGCAAAAUGUAUUGAAUAACAAAGUCAACAUCAGUAUACCGAAUUAUCGAGUAGUCAGAACAAGAAUUGGAGUCAAGAACUAUCAGUAUUUGGAGAACGGAACUGCGCCAGAGCAGCCGGAGAUACCCACUUCAGCUGCAAAUAAGAUUAACCUCGCCAUGGUUACCGGAUUAACUAUUCUGUUGGCUUUCGUCAUACAGUAACGUCUUUCUCCCUCUCUUGUUCCCUCGUUCUCUUGUCUUCAAAUAUGCUCGGGUAUACCAAAGACAUUCGUUUUAUCCUUUCAGUUAGAUAACAUACAGACGACCCGUCCAGUGUUUUUGGUGGCCUUGAAUGUUUAAAGUUCUGACCUUAGACGGUUUGCAGUCACGGCAAAAAGGCAGGGACCUAAAAUUGCUUGGCCAUUCGGGGUCACUGAGUACUAUACCUCUUUAUAUUUUCUGCUUUUCUAGCGUUUUCAUAUUUUAAUUUAUUUCCAUAGGUACCUAUUUUUAAAGCAUAUCUGUUACAAAUGUUAGCUGGAAGAAUCAUUGUUCCAGAAGAUUGCUGAAUCUCUAUAAAUGUAACUUCCAUGGUGGAGAAAGUGGCCUUGAAUGAUCAAAUGAUUUUGGAUAAAACAAAGGUUUUGAUCCACUUUAUAAUCAUGUAUAAUUUGUGAAGAAACUUGUAGAUCGGCGUUGUUGAAGCAAAGCUGAUGAAUCCUACCAACCAAGGAAUAAUUGGAUUAUGCGAUCACAUUAAAUCCGACAAGUAACAAUUUAAAGUGAAACAGUAGAUUUCUCGAGUUUCAAGACUGCCGAGAAACGCAUCUACUCGAUGUCAUCUUGAUUGCAAUUGCUAUCUUCGAGAUUAUCAUCGAAGAGAAACGAGAACGAGAUUGAUCUCCGGCAAAUUAUCGAUAGAGCUACCGAUAAGCGUUUCUGCAUAGUGGUCUUUAUAGCGAUAAACAAUAACGUAUCUAUUUUUCUUUCCAACCUCAACAACGGCUUAAUAUUUCUGAUUUUUAACUAAAAUUUUAAAACGAAGCUAUCAAUAAUAAAAACAAUGUUUUACGGUAACAAUGUACCUUCUACAAGAAGAAAUCAUACUUCGAAGCAACAGAACUUUCACUCCGAGCAUUAAACAUUAAUAAUUUUAUCGGUGUUCAUUUUCUGUACGUGUUAUCCUGCUGUUUAAUCAGGACACUUAAUUGAAUUGCAGAACGUUAACUCAGAUCGCAGUAGCUGAGCAAAAGAAAAUUACAUUUUUAUACGGCGCAAAACUUUCUCCGCGACACCAUCGCAUGAGCACUUAAUUAACCUCGAAUUAACAUCGUCAAUGAGGACUAUUAAAUCUGUCGGUCAAAUUGAGAUACUUUCAGUCCGAUUACAUGUCUUGAAAGGGAAAUUGGAAGAAGUCAACCACGUUGUGCUUCUAAGUGUCGCGUGGAGGGUUGAAAGGAAGAUGAAUCAUUUGUCACGACCGCCAUGAAAGCCAUUAUCGAUGAUAGGUAUUAUCGAUGAAAGUAUCGGCCAUCGAGGACUUGUCCCUUAAAAGAGAAAAAAAUAUCAACGAGCAUGAGUUUAAUGGGAUCAUAGUUCGGUGAGAUAAAAACAACUCGGGAACUAACAAUAGAGUUAUGAUAAUGAAUGGCAUUGGUCAUUUCGAUUCGAGAAAUUCAUCCUCUGUAACGCGAUAUCGAUAACAUUCCAUUCCUUGAUUUUGUGUUUUAAGUCCUAAAAUAAUUGUGAUCUUCCAUACGGCACGUGCUACUUAUUGUUUCUGUUUUUUAAAUAAAUUCGCGUUGAAAUAAGUCAGGAAAAAGGCAACACAAUAGCCUACACUGUUUAAAUUUAUUCGAGGCAUCGAAAUGUAUAUAAUCCCAUCAUUAAAAAGGGCAUUCGAUGAUAUAAAAGCUAAAUAUUCAAUCAAGUAUUUGUCGAGUCUCUAAUUACUUUAAUCAGUGUGUGAACAUAAAUUACCAGCUUAUUGUUUUAUCGUGUCAUGCAUUAGCUUCUUUUUAGACACGGAACAUACAUAUGUGGGUCACAGAGGAUUCAUUUCCAGAGAAGCGGUCAUUUAUUAUCAGUCCAAUACCGUAUUAGCUUACGAUGUCGACAUGACGGUAAUUGCUAAUUAUCUUUGUUAUUUAUGACAUAAUCGCUCUAUUUGCAACUAAAUUGUGCACGAUGGGUCUUACGCGAAUUUGUACAGAUGCAAAGGAGCUACCUAAUUUUGUCCCUUAUUUUCUCGUUAUUAACUGACUAGGGAAAAGGGAGAAAGACAAAGUUUGAUGAAUUUAUAGUACCUUAGCCUUGUCGCCUUACGAAUCAAACUGUGAAUACGUAUACUAUACUAUAUGUAUGUAUGUAUGUAUGUAUGUAUAAUUAAUGUAUACACUACGCAUGUAACAUGUAACGAGUAGCUUUAAUACAUAUGGCCUUAUUUGAGACGAUGAAUUGAAACUGUAUACCGCGUUCCGUUGGAAAACGUGGCGUUAUGAGUCAUUUGUCUGUAACUGCUGGUGAACGCAACUUUCCGCCAUUUCACGGCAUUUAUUGCUUGCAAUUAUUACUCCCUUUCACGAUGCAUCGGUCCUAACAUCUUGUUAGAAAUUUACAUUGAUUCUUCUUUUGCAUAAAAGCAUCUUUAUCGUGCGAACGUUUCUAUCAUAAAUUAGUAAAUUAGACGAAUAAAAUAUCGAGUCGUGUAUGUCUACUACUGACCUGAAAUUUAGGACUAUCUUCACUGAUACCGCAUAUUCAAUACAUAGGAACACAGUAUGGAAAACGUAUGCUGAUAGUCUCCUAGAGCUUCGAUAAAGCCUGAAAAAUUAUACAAAGUUUAUUAAAUUUUUAAUUUAGUCGCUAACAGGAGGAUAGUCUGAAACUUGUAUUCAGUAGCACAGAACUAUCACGUUCAGAGGCAGACUAUUAAACAGAUACAAUGCCAGUGUGAAAUGAAUGUUUCAUACGGCAUAGAACGUGCCUAGAAUUCGCGUUUUCAAGCGUAUUUGCUAAUUGAAGGAAAAGUACAUACAACUUAUCGAGAAGUUCCAUCAGCGUCAAGUCCGACACGGUCGCUCGAAAAAAAGGAAACUCAGAGACGUUCGACGAAGAAGAGUCGCGGCAAUCUCGCUUUCAGCCUCUCUUCCCACAAUUGUCUUUUCUUUCAGCACACAGCGUCCCAGUUUUGCUGCGAAGUGAGCCGCACGCACAUUAUUACGCGUCACAAACGGAGCCGGGACCUAGCCCUGAA